CGUAACGGAUACAGACAUCAAACGGCAACAAAAAUCGAAGAAAAUAUUUACCAAUGGCUUCCACUACUACAAGUCUGGACUAUAGGAUUAUAAUGCGAGUGGACCUAAGUACAAUAAUGGUUCAAAAUCAGCAUGCUGUCUCACUGGUACCACCUAAAAUCCAUGCACUUUAUUCUUGCUUGAGCAAUGAUAAUUUUAGCGAUGAAGUACAUUUGCCAUUCUUUAAAGAGCCGAAAGCAACAUCAUAUAAUCUAAAGGAAUUACACAAAACCAUUGAUAGGCAUAAUAGUGAGGCCAAUUUUGUGCUCAAUAAAGUGGAGAAAUACGUAAUGGAAGCCGAUGAAAAUGUUCUGCAACCGCAUAAGAAUGCGGCGACAGAAAAAUGGCAAACACAAUCGAAAAACAAAGUUAAAGUGUUUCUAUGUCAACGUGGAAUACUUACAGACAUUAUGUAUAUACCGCAUGGUCUCAUAAUCAAUAAAUAUAAUUAUGUAACGUUUUACGUUACGAAAUAUUGUGGUGUAUUUCAUAUGCGUGAUGAAGUUUGGACCUACAACGAGCGUGAAAAUAUCAGCGUACAUUUUGGCAAUUAUGUUUUCCUGAUAAUACCGAUUCGGAUACUACGACUGACACUCCUGUUAAUGACUUAGUUUAUGGCAUCUUCAAAACUGUAAUGAAAGAUUUCCAUCUAAUCUACUCAGCAAAAAUUGGCGGCGUUAAAUC